AUGACAACAACAAGCAAACAACUCGACAGACUAAUCGUCAAUGAUCGGAUUCAUCUCUCCGAAAUCCUCUCCUCAGAUGUCCCAGCCUUUGUCAAACAUUUGAACCAAGACAAAGACAUCUAUGAGCGCACCUUUCGUGUCCCCUAUCCCUACAAGGAAGAAGACGCCAAUUGGUUCGUCAACCUACAACAAGAAAGAUCGGUGAAUGGUCAUCCUCAGACCUUGGCCAUUCGCUUGACCGAUACCUUGGAAUUGAUUGGGUGCGUGGGAUUCACGGAUGUUUGGCAAAAUUCUGCCGAGUUGGGCUACUGGCUGGCCAAGCCCCACUGGGGUCAAGGUAUCAUGACCAAGGUAGUGCAAGCAAUGUGUCAACAUUACGCUACCAAAACGGAUUGCAGGUGGCAGUCCAUCAUUGCCAAGGUAUUCGACACCAAUGCUGCCUCUGCUAGGGUUUUGGAAAAGAACGGGUUUGUGUUUAAAGAACUGUUACCCCGGCAUUUAAAAAAGGAUGACAAGUGGAGGGAUGCCAAAGUCUACAAGCUGGAGCUAUAA